GAUCGAAUGUCGACUAUGCUGUGUGAUAGCUCACAAGUGGACGCUGAGGACAUGGAUGUUCAAGAAGCAAGUGCUUUUAGGUUCAGCGAAGAGCCUUCUUUGGAGAAAAUUCGACAGAUGCAGUCGCAGUUUGCUAAAGAAAGAGACUGGGACCAAUUUCACCAGCCCAGAAACCUUGUGCUUGCAAUGGUUGGGGAAGUUGGAGAAGUAGCAGAAUUAUUCCAAUGGAAAGGUGAAGUAAAGGAAGGACUCCCAGAUUGGUCUCUGAAAGAUAAGCAUCAUCUCGCCCAAGAACUCAGUGAUGUACUUAUUUACCUGGUCAGACUUGCAGAAAAAUGCCAUGUUGAUCUUCCCAAGGAGGUGGUGGCUAAAAUAGCAUUGAAUUCCAAGAAAUAUCCUGCAGAUCUGGUGAAGGGAUCAAGCAAAAAGUAUACAGAAUACAAGGAAAUGAAUUCAUCUAAUAACUGAAAGAUUGUUUCCCUGCUCAGGAUAAUUUUUUUUUCAUAAAUUGAGAGUGUGGGUCACUCUGCACAGGAGACAGUGCUAAAAUUAUACUUGCUUAAAAUUCUUUCAAUCUAUAAUUUUUAGACACAGCUUUUACAAUGAAGUUGAAUUAACUUGUUUCAAUGGUUUUUGUUGCAACAAUCAGAGAGUUCAGCUGGUUGAACUCUGAUCUACUAAUAGGGAAAGUUUGAUCACAAGUAAGGCUGUCUCCUUGAAAGAGUUCUUCACUUUGAAAGUAAGUUAUGUAUUCAAGAAACUAUUAACAACUGGAAUACUACUAGUACAUUCAUCAGUUGGAAUACCAAAAUGUUUACACGACUUUUGUGACAAUGAUAUUGUACCACUCAUAAAGGCAUGGAGAAGUCUAAUUGAUAAAAUUGUAGGAGAUCUGCAAGUUGAAACUCAUUCUCCUCAUGGAUAUGAUUGAUAUAAAUUUGUAAAUAUAAUUUUAUAAAUAGCCUAUUUAUUCUUUUUGCUUGGGCUAGACCAGGUCAUUCAUGUUUGAAGUUAAUGUUUUAUUUCUUUAUAGAUAGCAAAAUCAUGUUGAUUCAUCUUAGCCAGCUUUUUACAACACAGAGUUUAGGCAAUAUUUACUGUUGAUGAACACUGAUAUCACUGUUGUUUUGUUUGCAUCAGGGGAUGUUUUUAAAUUAACUGGUUUUUUUUUUAAUUUUGCAUUUGAUGUUCUAUUUCACCUUGUGUAAUUUUUUUGUUAACUUUUACUAGCUUUUGCAAAUGCCUUGUUACUGAUUCUUACAAUUUAAUGCAAUUGCUACUUUUCAGUCAUGUAGUUAACAGGAAAGUUUAAUUUAAAAUUACAUUUCAGUGAAAAUGAACUUUGCAUUCCUUCUUUUCCCAAUUCUUGUUUUAAUUCAGUUCCAAACCUUUGCUUAGUAUAAAUAGUGGUGAAGUGGUAAUGAGGGAAUGAAAUGUACAUUAAUUUAUCAUCAGCAAAUUUUUAAUGCUACAUUUUAACUAUUGUUUGAAUGCUAAAGCUGGAUUUUUUUAGAGGGUUUCAAAUGAUGUUGA